AUGGGAAGUUGGUUAAGUAAAUUACUUGGAAAGAAAGAAAUGAGAAUUUUGAUGGUAGGACUUGAUGCUGCCGGUAAAACUUCAAUUCUUUAUAAAUUGAAACUUGGAGAAAUUGUCACUACUAUUCCAACUAUUGGAUUUAAUGUAGAAACUGUUGAAUAUAAGAAUAUUUCCUUUACUGUUUGGGAUGUAGGAGGACAAGAUAAAAUUAGACCAUUAUGGAGACAUUAUUAUCAAAAUACUCAAGCAAUUAUUUUUGUAGUUGAUUCUAAUGAUAGAGAUCGUAUUGGAGAAGCACGUGAAGAAUUAAUGAAAAUGUUAAAUGAAGAUGAAAUGAGAAAUGCUAUUUUGCUUGUUUUUGCUAACAAACAUGAUUUACCACAAGCUAUGUCUAUUUCUGAAGUUACAGAAAAACUUGGAUUACAAACAAUUAAGAAUCGUAAAUGGUAUUGUCAAACAUCAUGUGCAACUAAUGGAGAUGGACUUUAUGAAGGUCUUGAUUGGCUUGCUGAUAAUCUCAAAUAA